AUGUCGUUGCCAAGUGGCGGCGUCCUAUUGGCUGUGAUUGGAGAAGUGGGUGACACGAUUUCGGUGCAAAUCCAGCCACAGGAUGACUUGGAAUCUACGGUUCAGAAGAGCGUUGAGAAAGACGAGCGGACGGACGCUGCAGCCACUGGAGUGUUGCCAGUUGUCGCAACGGCAUUCGCUGCAGGACAGACAGCGGAAAUUUGUCUGACCGCGCCUAGCAUUGGUCCGGUGGUGGCUGCUUGGCUGGCGCCUCAACGACCCGAAACUCCUGCUACGGCUGCCAAAUCUGCGGAGGAGGCUCGGAGAAAGAGGGAGGAAGGGUUGAGGGAGUAUGAAGAACUGAAGAGGCUGAUGCUGCUGGUUACCACAGGGUUGGUGGUUACUGGGACAGGAGCUGCUGGGUGGGUAGGAGGAGUGGACACUGCUGUGGCGUUUGCUGCAGGAGGGGCGGCGGCGUUUGUCUACUUGCUGAGAUUGCAGAACCGUGUCGAUGAGCUUCCAUCGGCCGACUGGACUGACAAUGCAAAACCACCUCAUAUAACAGCAUUGGAGGCAUCAGGUGAAUCGAACACCAUGCUUGACACUCCCGGCAGCGGAACGGCGGUGGAAGGAGGAAGCACGGAUCCUGAGACUGUUAACCUGGUGCGGAGUAUUGGAGUCCGGGCGGCGUUAGCCACUGUAGCCAUUGGAUCAGCUGUUGCCCUGUUGGGAGGCGUUGGUGGUGGCGAGGGCGAUGGGGGGCUCUUGACGGGAGGGUUGCAGGCUCUGAAGAUUGAGCCACAGCAGUUUGCUGCGGGUGUGUUGGGCUUCCUUUCUCACAAGCUUGCUCUCGUGCUGGUCGCAUUUAUGAGUGGGAGAGAAGGCCCUGCCAUUGGAAUCGACCUCGGCACGACCUACAGCUGCGUGGGCGUGUGGCAGCACGAUCGCGUUGAGAUCAUCGCCAACGACCAAGGCAACCGCACCACCCCGUCCUACGUGGCAUUCACGGACACGGAGCGCUUGAUUGGCGAUGCGGCGAAGAAUCAAGUGUCCAUGAACCCUGUCAACACCGUUUUCGAUGCGAAGCGUCUCAUCGGGCGGCGGUUCUCUGACGCGCCCGUGCAGAACGACAUCAAACUGUGGCCGUUCAAGGUGAUCGCAGGCGCGGGCGAGAAGCCAAUGAUCCAAAUCGAGUACAAGGGCGAGACCAAGCAGUUCGCCGCGGAAGAGAUUUCGUCCAUGGUGCUGACGAAAAUGAAGGAGAUCGCAGAGGCUUACCUUGGAACUACUGUGAAGAAUGCGGUGGUGACGGUUCCGGCGUAUUUCAAUGACUCACAGCGUCAAGCGACGAAAGACGCGGGCGUGAUCGCUGGGCUGAACGUGAUGCGGAUUAUCAACGAGCCGACAGCAGCUGCUAUCGCGUACGGGCUCGAUAAGAAAAAUAGCAGCUCGUCGGAAAAGAACGUGCUAAUCUUCGACCUGGGCGGAGGUACUUUCGACGUGUCGCUUCUUUCGAUCGAGGACGGCAUUUUCGAGGUGAAGGCGACGGCUGGCGACACGCAUUUGGGUGGUGAAGAUUUUGACAACCGCAUGGUGCACCACUUCGUCCAGGAAUUCAAGCGGAAGUACAAGAAGGACCUGAGUAACAACCCGCGGUCUCUUCGCCGUCUUCGCACGGCCUGCGAGCGCGCCAAGCGAACCCUCUCCUCCACCGCGCAAACCACCAUCGAGAUCGACUCGCUCUACGAGGGAAUCGACUUCUACACCACCAUCACCCGCGCGCGCUUCGAGGAACUCAACAUGGACAUGUUCCGCAAGUGCAUGGAUCCAGUGGAGAAGUGCCUCAAGGACGCAAAAAUGUCCAAGGCGCAGAUCCACGACGUGGUGCUCGUCGGCGGCUCCACGCGCAUUCCCAAGGUGCAGCAGCUGCUGCAGGAGUAUUUCAACGGGAAGGAGCUCUGCAAGAGCAUUAAUCCUGACGAGGCUGUGGCGUACGGCGCGGCGGUUCAGGCGGCGAUUCUGAACGGCGAGGGGAACGAGAAGGUGCAGGACCUGCUGCUGCUCGACGUGACGCCGCUCUCGCUUGGAUUGGAGACGGCUGGAGGGGUAAUGACGGUGCUGAUUCCGCGGAACACCACGAUUCCGACGAAGAAGGAGCAGAUUUUCUCGACUUUUUCGGAUAAUCAGCCGGGAGUGCUGAUUCAGGUUUACGAAGGUGAACGCGCUCGGACCAAGGAUAAUAAUCUACUCGGGAAAUUCGAACUCUCGGGAAUUCCGCCGGCGCCGCGUGGCGUGCCGCAGAUCACCGUGACGUUCGACAUUGACGCGAACGGUAUUCUAAACGUGAGCGCGGAGGACAAGACUACGGGGCAGAAGAAUAAGAUAACCAUUACGAACGAUAAGGGCCGACUGAGCAAGGAGGAAAUCGAGCGGAUGGUGGAGGAAGCGGAGAAGUACAAGGACGACGACGAGCAGCACAAGAAACGGGUUCAGGCGAAAAACGCGCUCGAGAAUUACUCGUACGGCAUGCGUAACACCGUUCGCGACGACAAGAUCGGGGGAAAGCUGUCGCCUGAAGAUAAGAAGGCGAUCGAGAAGACCGUAGAUGAGACGAUUGAUUGGCUGGACAAGAACCAGCUCGGCGACGUGGACGAAUUCGAGGACAAGCAAAAGGAGCUCGAAGGGAUUUGUAACCCGAUCAUCGCGGAAAUGUACCAGGCUGGAGGUGGACCAGUGGCAGGAGCAGGAGGUGUGGGGGAUGUGCCUAUGAGAGGUGGUUUUCCUGGAGGAAGCGACGGGCCGAAGAUUGAGGAGGUUGACUGA